AUGGAAGAAAAUCCAAGCCAUGGGGUGGAUGAAUGUGGAACUGACGAUCACGAGAGACCGGAUGGGGACGACUGCGUUGAGGAAGAUGAAGAAGCAGUCGGUUGGGACGGUGCAUAUGGAUUUUUCGAUAGCAUGAAUAUGCAAGAUUGCCUUCGAUUCCUUGCAAUUACGUACCAGCUCCCCCGUUCGGCUGUCAACAUGAUGCUGGCCAUCCUACGGAAGAAACUCGAUUUGGAUCUUCCCAAAGAUGCGCGGACGUUGAUUAAAACACCUUCCCCUGUUAAUAGCCAAAUCGUUGCUAUCCGGGGAGGUGAUUUUUGGUACGGAGGCUUGAAAUCAGUCCUGACCAAAUAUGUUACUCCUGUAGCUCUUUCCAAAGCCCUCAAUCCCGAAGCGACACAUUUUUCACUCGAUGUGUCAAUCGACGGGCUGCCACUACAGAAGACAGGGCCAACUGAGCUUUGGCCCAUUCUUGUUAAAGUGGUAGAGUUGCCAAAGCUCCCGGUUAUGACGGUAGCCACAUUUAGUGGACCAUCCAAACCGGAGAGCAUCGAAGAAUACUUGCGGUCGCUGGUGGAUGAACUAAAUGAAAUUCACCAAGGAGGUUUGGUUAUCGGCGAUAGAACGUUGCAUUUUAAAAUUCGCAAUUUUAUCGUC